CGUUGUUAUGAUUCCCCUCUGACUCUUUUAUCCGAUGUCAGUGUGCUCUAUUUUCAGGUAAAUUCGUUGAAUUUUGUCUUUGUUAGUUAAACUAGUUAUAUAUUGUUUAAGCACACGUUGAAUCGUAAUUUUGCUGCUGUCAGUUAUCUUGCCUUAGCUAGCUGGCUAGCAUAAUUUAGCUAGCUCGCGUUGACAUGUGUUUUUGGUUUGUUUGUCAUCCAUGAAAUAUCUAGUUAGCCAGCUAGAUAAUGUUUUCUGUUGAAAUGUAGACUAAACUGUUCUAUUUUACCGUAUCUUAGCUAGCUAUCAAUGCCAAUGGACUCGUGUUUUUAGUUAGAUAGCCACUGUAGCUACCAAUGCAAUUACAUUAACGUAAUUUAGCAAACGCUCUUAUCCAGAGCGAUUUACAUGAGCAAUUAGGGUUAAGUGCCUUGCUUAAGGGCACAUCGACAGAUUUUUCACCUAGUUGGCUCGGGGAUUAGAACCAGCGACCUUUCGGUUACUGGCACAACGCUCUUACCCACUAAGCUACCUGCCGCCCAAUUCAUUCUGAACUUUUCAGGUUGUGAAGGAAGUUCAGAAUGGAUGUCCUUGAUCACAUGCUGACCGACCCCCUGGACUCAGGGGAGGGCAAUGAUGGGUGCAUCACUGAAGAGUGCAUGUUGGGAAACUGUCAAGUGAGUCUUCCAGAAGACCUGCUUGAGGAUGUGAGUAGCUAAUAAUAGCACACUGCGUUGAUUUCUGUGUUAACUUUAUCAUAUGCUGUUUAUCAUUUGUGUAUUCUGCAUAGACUGUAUAUAUAUAUAUAUAUAUAUAUAUAUAGGUUUACUGUAUAUCGAUUGUUACAUUUACAGUUCUGUUUAUAUAUUUUUUGGUUAUUUGUUUUGGCGAACAGCCUGAAAUCUUCUUCUCUGUGCUGAGUGAAAGUACCUGGUCUGAAGUACUGACAGAUGACCAGAGACAGCAUCUCCGUCAACUGUUACCACACUUUCCAGAAGACAACACUACUGAGCAGGACAGCACCAUCAGCGAACUCUUCAACAAACAGAACUUCUGCUUCGGAAACCCCUUGCACCUUGCACAGAAACUGUUCCAAGGUAACACUCCACCUCUCUCAAACAGCUUAAUUUUGAGUAGGUUUCUGGACUAUGUAUGGCAUAUCAGUGAUAUCAUGUCCCACUGUGCUCUCCCCAGAUGGCCAUUUUAAUCCAGAAGUGGUUAAGUACAGACAGCUGUGUGCCAAGUCCCAGAAAAAACGCCAGCUGAACUCGUUGCAGCAGUACUACCACAAACUCCUCAAACAGAUCCUGGUCUCUAGAAAGGUAUGGCAGAUAUCUUCAAGCUUCAGUCUCAAGCACAAGGUGAAUGGCCUUCCUCAGUAUGUUCAGUUAUAUCAUUUCUGUGUGUUUAGGAACUACUGGAGUUGGCAGUCCGCAGUGGCCCUGACAUUGCGGUGAACAGAAAGUAUCCCACCCAGACACAUGGUGAGGUGCAGGAACAGAGGGUCAGAGGAAGAGUGUGCCGGAUACUGAGGGAAGUUAAAACUGAGUGUGGAGACAGCAAUGCCUCAUCUGACGAUGAUGGUGAGUCUGCUUUCAUCAGCCUAGAUUGUUGAUAUUUUAAUUGCAUUUAGCAGCAUUCAAUAAGUGUCAGAGUUCAUCUUUCAAUGUUUUCUAUUUCACAUAGUUGUCCUUUGCGUUGUGUUUGCAGAUACAGCCUAUUGGCAGCCAACUCCUCAAUCUCCUUCCUCUCCAACGCCCACAGUUUCUGUUAGGGUUCUGCCCAGUCUCUCCACCCAGGACAUGAAGACCACCGGUCAGUUACAGUAUAUCUAUAGAGAUACUGUAUAAUGAUUGUGAAAAAAAUUGAUGGUUACAUAUCGCAAUAUUGUUUUGGACGAUAUUAUAUACACUACCGGUCAAAAGUUUUAGAACACCUACUCAUUCAAGGGUUUUCUUUAUUUUUACUAUUUUCUACAUUGUAGAAUAAUAGUGAAGACAUCAAAACUAGGAAAUAACACAUAUAAAAUCAUGUAGUUACCAAAAAAGUGUUAAACAAAUCAAAAUAUAUUUUAUAUUUGAGAUUCUUCAAAUAGCCACUCUUUGCCUUGAUGACCGCUUUGUACACUCUUGGCAUUCUCUCAACCAGCUGCAUGAGGUAGUCACCUGGAAUGCAGUUCAAUUAACAGGUGUGCCUUCUUAAAAGUUAAUUUGUGGAAUUUCUUUCCUUCUUAAUGCGUUUGAGCUAAUCAGUUGUGUUGUGACAAGGUGGGGGGAUAUACAGAAGAUAGCCCUAUUUGGUAAAAAAACAAGUCCAUAUUAUGGCAAGAACAGCUCAAAUAAGAAAUGAGAAACAACAGUCCAUCAUUACUUUAAGACAUGAAGGUAAGUCAAUCCGGAACAUUUCAAGAACUUUGAAAGUUUCUUCAAGUGCAGUCGCAAAAACCAUCAAGUGCUAUGAUGAAACUGGCUCUCAUGAGGACCGCCACAGGAAUAGAAGACUCAGUUACCUCUGCUGCAGAGGAUACGUUCAUUAGAGUUACCAGCCUCAGAAAUUGCAGCCCAAGUAAAUGCUUCACAGAGUUCAAGUAUCAGACACAUCUCAACAUCAACUGUUCAGAGGAGACUGUGUGAAUCAGGCCUUAUUGGUCAAAUUACUUCAAAGACACCACUACUAAAGGACACCAAUAAGAAGAAGACACUUGCUUGGGCGAAGAAACACGAGCAAUGGACAUUAGACCGGUGGAAAUGUGUCCUUUGGUCUGGAGUCCAAAUUUGAGAUUUCUGGUUCCAACCGCUGUGUCUUUGUGAGACGCGGUGUGGGUGAAACGGAUGAUCUCCGCAUGUGUAUUUCCCACCGUAAAGCAUGGUGGAGGAGGUGUUAUGGUGUGGGGGUGCUUUGCUGGUGACACUGUUUGUGAUUUAUUUUGAAUUCAAGGCACACUUAACCAGCAUGGCUACCACAGCAUUCUACAGCGAUACGCCAUCCCAUCUGGUUUGGGAUUAGUGGGACUAUCAUUUGUUUUUCAACAGGACAAUGACCCAACACACCUCCAGGCUGUGUAAGGGCUAUUUUACCAAGAAGGAGAGUGAUGGAGUGCUGCAUCAGAUGACCUGGCCUCCACAGUCCCCCAACAUCAACCAAAUUGAGAUGGUUUGGGAUGAGUCGGACCGCAGGGUGAAGGAAAAGCAGCCAACAAGUGCUCAGCAUAUGUGGGAACUCCUUCAAGACGGUUGGAAAAGCAUUCCAGGUGAAGCUGGUUGAGAGAAUGCCAAGAGUGUGCAAAGCUGUCAUCAAGGCAAAGGGUGGCUAUUUGAAGAAUCUGAAAUAUAAAAUAUAUUUUUAUUUGUUUUAACACUUUUUUGGUUACUACAUGAUUCCGUAUGUGUUAUUUCAUAGUUUUGAUGUCUUCACUAUUGUUCUACAAUGUAGAAAAUAGUUUUUUUUAAAUAAAGAAAAACCCUUGAAUGAGUAGGUGUUCUAAAACUUUUGACCGGUAGUGUAGAUACUUUGACUCUAAGUAUCGAUUUCGCUAGAUAGCACUAGCUUGCGCUAGUCAGCUGUACGUGUGCCAAAACUCAUCUAUUUUUCAUCCUAUAGCUUGUUCUCCAUCUUCUUUUUCAAUAGUUUUCAGCACUUUAAGUUGCAUGACUGAUCAAAACACAUGUUCUUAUGUUCUGUCUCACUGCAGCAGACAUAUAGUGAGCAAUAUGUUUGGAACAUUAAAUCGUAAUAAAAUCGCAGUAUCGAAUCGCAAUACAUAUAGAAUUGUGAGAAUCACAAUACAUUUCGUAUCAGCACCAAAGUAUCGUGAUAAUAUCGUAUCGUGAGGUCCCUGGCAAUUCCCAGCUCUACUGCUGUAAUGUACGUAAAGACUAUGCAGAAAUAGUGACUGAAGAUAUGUGGUGUCUGCUCACACAGAUAAGCCAGAGCUGGGAGAGAAGGACAUGAGAGCCAUGCUACGGAGACAUAGAGAGAAGAGGAGACGACAACCGGUUAGUUUCUUCUAUCCAUUCACAAAAACAUCACAGAAUUCUGCUGUCCACAAAAUCAAGGUGUGAUUGGAAAUGGGGGACACUAUCUACCUAAUAUCAUCUUCUACAACAUUUCCUUGUAUCCUAAUCCUAGUCAUUCUGUUUGCACAGGACCAUCCAGACUUGAUGACUUCUGACAUCCGCCUGGGUGACAUGAUGUCUAGAGUGAACAUAGGUCGAAAAGGCUCCAUGAUGGGUGAGUACAAGUCAAGUCCAUGACCAAAAUACCAAAAUCAUAAUCAUAAAGCGAAAGUAUGUGGACACCUGCUCGUCGAACAUGUCAUUCCAAGUUCAUGGGCAUUGAUAUGGAGUUGGUCCUCCCUUUACUGCUAUAACAGUCUUCACUCUUCUAGGAAAGAUUUCCACUAGAUGUUGGAACAUUGCUGUGGGGACUUGCUUCCAUUCAGCCACAAUAGCAUUAGUGAGGUCGGGCACUUAUGUUGGGUGAUUAGGCCUGGCUCGCAGUCGGCGUUCCAAUUGAUCCCAAAGGUGUUCGAUGGGGUUGAGGUCAGGGCUCUGUGCAGGCCAGUCAAGUUCUUCCACACCGAUCUCGACAAACCAUUUCUGUAUGGACCUCGCUUUGUGCACGGGGGCAUUGUCAUGCUGAAACAAACUGUUGCCACAGCGUUGGAAGCACAGAAUCAUCUAGAAUGUCAUUGUAUGCUGUAGUGUUAAGAUUUCCCUUCAUUGGAACUAAGGGGCCUAGCCCUAACCAUGAAAAACAGCCCCAGACCAUUAUUCCUCCUCCACCAAACUUUACCGUUGGCACUAUGCAUUGGGGCAGGUAGCGUCCUCCUGGCAUCCGCCAAACUCAGAUUCAUCCGUCGGACUGCAGAUAACACGUUUCCACUGCUCCAGAGUCCAUUGGCAGCGAGCUUUACACCACUCCUGCCGACGCUUGGCAUUGCGCAUGGUGAUCUUAAGCUUGUGUACGGCUGCUCGGCCAUGGAAACCAUUUCAUGAAGCUCCCGAUGAAAAGUUAUUUUGCUGACGUUGCUGCCAGAGGCAGUUUGGAACUCGGUAGUGAGUGUUGCAAUGUAGGACAGACAAUUUCUACACGCUUCGCACUUAAGCACUCAGCGGUCCCGUUCUGUGAGCUUGUGUGGCCUACCACUUCACGGCUGAGCCGUUGUUGCUCCUAGACAUUUCCACUUCACAAUAACAGCACUUACGGUUGACCGGGGCAGCUCUAGCAGGUCAGAAAUUUGACAAGCUGACUUCUUGGAAAGGUUGCAUCCUAUUAAGGUGCCACGUUGAAAGGCACUGAACUCUUCAAUACGGGCCAUUCUACUGCCAAUGUUUGUCUAUGGAGAUUGCGUCCAAUUUGUAAGUCGCUCUGGAUAAGAGCGUCUGCUAAAUAAUGUAAAUGUGGCUGUGUGCUCAAUUUUAUACACCUGUCAGCAACGAGUGUGACUGAAAUAGCAAAUCCACUAAUUUGAAGGAGUGUCCACAUAGUUUUGGCCCUGUAGUGUAUAUAGCUAUAUUGUAUUAGAUCCUCUGAAUAAUGUAAGGCACAACUAGUGUAGAAACAUUCUUAACUAGUAUCUUCUAUGAUGUAGCGCUGUUUGACCUGGCUCUGCCCAAGAGGAAGAUGAGGGAGGAGAGGAGAAAGAAGAAGAUGAGGACAAUUAAAGUGGAGUCUGAGGAUCCCUGUGAGGCUCUGAUGCCUUCAGAAGCCCCAGCCCCAUCCGUUAACAUCACAGCUGCUCUGCCUGAGACCCCAGUCACUCCACUGUCCAGUGUCAAAGAAGAGUGAGUCUAUUUGAUUUGAUUUAUUAUGAACCCGACAUAUAACGAAAAAUACAUUACUGACGAAAUACUUUACAAUUUACAUACAUUUAAAAACAUGAACAUGUAGUGUGUGUGUGCAUCUAUCAGUUACACGUACAUGUCCGUACAUACACACAACAAGUAAGUCACAUGGGGGAGAGGCAUUGUGCCGUGAGGUGUUGCGUUAUUUGUUUUUUGAAACCAGGUUUGCUGUUCACUUGAGCUACAGUGGGGGAAAAAAGUAUUUAGUCAGCCACCAAUUGUGCAUGUUCUCCCACUUAAAAAGAUGAGAGAGGCCUGUAAUUUUCAUCAUAGGUACAACGUCAACUAUGACAGACAAAAUGAGGAAAAAAAUUCCAGAAAAUCACAUUGUAGGAUUUUUCAUGAAUUUAUUUGCAAAUGAUGGUGGAAAAUAAGUAUUUGGUCAAUAACAAAAGUUUCUCAAUACUUUGUUAUAUACCCUUUGUUGGCAAUGACACAGGUCAAACGUUUUCUGUAAGUCUUCACAAGGUUUUCACACACUGUUGCUGGUAUUUUGGCCCAUUCCUCCAUGCAGAUCUCCUCUAGAGCAGUGAUGUUUUGGGGCUGUCGCUGGGCAACACGGACUUUCAACUCCCUCCAAAGAUUUUCUAUGGGGUUGAGAUCUGGAGACUGGCUAGGCCACUCCAGAACCUUGAAAUGCUUCUUACGAAGCCACUCCUUUGUUGCCCGGGCGGUGUGUUUGGGAUCAUUGUCAUGCUGAAAGACCCAGCCACGUUUCAUCUUCAAUGCCCUUGCUGAUGGAAGGAGGUUUUCACUCAAAAUCUCACGAUACAUGGCCCCAUUCAUUCUUUCCUUUACACGGAUCAGUCGUCCUGGUCCCUUUGCAGAAAAACAGCCCCAAAGCAUGAUGUUUCCACCCCCAUGCUUCACAGUAGGUAUGGUGUUCUUUGGAUGCAACUCAGCAUUCUUUGUCCUCCAAACACGACGAGUUGAGUUUUUACCAAAAAGUUAUAUUUUGGUUUCAUCUGACCAUAUGACAUUCUCCCAAUCCUCUUCUGGAUCAUCCAAAUGCACUCUAGCAAACUUCAGACGGGCCUGGACAUGUACUGGCUUAAGCAGGGGGACACGUCUCGCACUGCAGGAUUUGAGUCCCUGGCGGCGUAGUGUGUUACUGAUGGUAGGCUUUGUAUUUUGGUCCCAGCUCGCUGCAGGUCAUUCACUAGGUCCCCCCAUGUGGUUCUGGGAUUUUUGCUCACCGUUCUUGUGAUCAUUUUGACCCCACGGGGUGAGAUCUUGCGUGGAGCCCCAGAUCGAGGGAGAUUAUCAGUGGUCUUGUAUGUCUUCCAUUUCCUAAUAAUUGCUCCCACAGUUGAUUUCUUCAAACCAAGCUGCUUACCUAUUGCAGAUUCAGUCUUCCCAGCCUGGUGCAGGUCUACAAUUUUGUUUCUGGUGUCCUUUGACAGCUCUUUGGUCUUGGCCAUAGUGGAGUUUGGAGUGUGACUGUUUGAGGUUGUGGACAAGUGUCUUUUAUACUGAUAACAAGUUCAAACAGGUGCCAUUAAUACAGGUAACGAGUGGAGGACAGAGGAGCCUCUUAAAGAAGAAGUUACAGGUCUGUGAGAGCCAGAAAUCUUGCUUGUUUGUAGGUGACCAAAUACUUAUUUUCCACCAUAAUUUGCAGAUAAAUUCAUUAAAAAUCCUACAAUGUGAUUUUCUGGAUUUUUUCUCUCUCAAUUUGUCUGUCAUUGUUGACGUGUACCUAUGAUGAAAAUUACAGGCCUCUCUCAUCUUUUUAAGUGAGAGAACUUGCACAAUUGGUGGCUGACUAAAUACUUUUUUUCCCCACUGUAUAUAAGAAGAGAGACUGGCAUGCAUAGUAUUAAUAUUAGCUCUGUGAUUACAAUGAAGAGCAAGAUGUGCCGCUCUGUUCUGGGCCAGCUGCAGCUUAACUAGGUCUUUCUUUGCAGCACUUGACCAAGAUAAGAUAAAACUAGAGCCUGCAGGACUUGCUUUGUGGAGUGUGGUGUCAAAAACGCAGAGCAUCUCUUUAUGACGGACAGACCUCUCCCCAUCUUUACAACCAUUACAUCUAUAUGUUUUGACCAUGACAGUUUACAAUCUAAGGUAACACCAAGUAAUUUAGUCUCCUCAAUUUGUUCAACGGCCACACCAUUCAUUACCAGAGGUCUAGAACUUAGGGAAUGAUUUGUACCAAAUACAAUGCUCUUAGUUUUCCAGAUGUUCAGGACCAGUUUAUUACUGGCCACUCAUUCCAUAACAGACUGCAACUCUUUGUUAAGGGUUUCAGUGACUUCAUUAGCUGUGGUUGCUGAUGCGUACAGUGCAUUCGGAAAGUAUUCAGACCCCUUGACUUUUUCCACAUUUUGUUACGUUACAGCCUUAUUCUAAAAUUGAUUAAAUUGUUUUCCCCUCAACAAUCUGCAUGCAAUAACCCAUAAUGACAAAGCAAAAACUGGUUGUUAGAAUUUUUUGCACAUUUUAUAAAUAAUUAACCUGAAAUCAUAUUUACAUAAGUAUUCAGACCCUUUACUCAGUACUUUGUUGAAGCACCUUUGGCAGCGAUUACAGCCUCGAGUCUUCUUAGGUAUGACGCUACAAGCUUGACACACCUGUAUUUGGGGAGUUUUUCAAAUUCUUCUCUGCAGAUCCUCUCAAGCUCUGUCAGGUUGGAUGGGGAGUGUCGCUGCACAGCUAUUUUCAGGUCUCUCCAGAGAUGUUUGAUUGGGUUCAAGUCCGGGCUCUGGCUGGGCCACUCAAGGACAUUCAGAUAUUUGUCCCGAAGCCACUCCUGGGUUGUCUUGGCUGUGUGCUUCACCCCAGUCUGAGAUCCUGAGAGCUCUGAAGCAGGUUUUCAUCAAGGAUCUCUCUGUACUUUGCUCUGUUCAUCUUUCCCUCGAUCCUGACUAGUCUCCCUACUGCUGAAAAACAUCCCCACAGCAUGAUGCUGCCACCACCAUGCUUCACCGUAGGGAUGGUGCCAGGUUUCCUCCAAACGUGAUGCUUGGCAUUCAGGCCAAAGAGUUCAAUCAUGGUUUCAUCAGACCAGAGAAUCUUGUUUCUCAUGGUCUGAGAGUCCUUUAGGUGCCUUUUGGCAAACUCCAAGCGGGCUGUUAAAUGCCUUUUCCUGAGGAGUGGCUUCCAUCUGGCCACUCUACCAUAAAAGCCUUAUUGGUGGAGUGCUGCAGAGAUGGGUGUCCUUCUGGAAGGUUCUCCCAUCUCCACAGAGGAACUCUGGAGCUCUGUCAGAGUGACCAUCGGGUUCUUGGUCACAUCCCUGACCAAGGCCCUUCUCCCCCGAUUGCUCAGUUUGGCCAGGCGGCCAGCUCUUGGAAGAGUCUUUGUGGUUCCAAACUUCCAUUUAAGAAUGAUGGGGACCAAUCAAGUUGUAGAAACAUCUCAAGGAUGAUCAAUGGAAACAGGAUGCACCUGAGCUCAAUUUCGAGUCUCAUAGCAAAGGCUCUGAAUACUUAUGUAAAUAAGGAAUUUCUGUUUUUAUUUUUGAAUAAAUGUGCAAACAUUUCUAAAAACCUGUUUUCGCGUUGUCAUUAUGGGUGUAUUGUGUGUAGAUUGAGGGAAAACAUUUAUUUAAUCAAUUUUAGAAUAAGGCUGUAACAUAACAAAAUGUGGAAAAAGGAAAGUGGUCUGAAGACUUUCUGAAUGCAUUGUAUAUGGUUGAAUCAUCAGCAUACAUGGACACAUGCAUCACACAUUUGACAUUGGAGAAGCUUCCAUUAAAGAAAACCCUUUGAGUUCUAUUAGAUGGAUAGCUCUGAAUCCAUGAUAUGGCAGAGGUUGAAAAGCCAUAACACACAAGUUUUCUCAACAACAGGUUAUGGCCAAUAAUGUCAAAGACUGCACUGAAAUCUAACAGUACAGCUCUCACAAUCUUCUUAUUAUCAAUUUAUUUCAACCAAUCAUCAGUCAUUUGUGUCAGUGCAGUACAUGUUGAGUGCCCUUCUCGAUAAGCAUGCUGAAAGUCUGUAGUUAAUUUGUUUACAGAGAAGUAGCAUUGUAUUUGGUCAAACACCAUUUUUUCCAACAGUGUGCUAAGAGCUGGCAGCAAGCUGAUAGGUCUGCUGUUAGAACCAGUAAAGGCAGUUUUACCACUCUUGGGUAGUGGAAUGACUUUGGCUUCCCUCCCGGCCUGAGGACAAAGACUUUCCUCUAGGCUCAGAUUAAAUAUAUGACAGAUAGGAGUGGCUAUAGAGUCAUCUACCGUCCUCAGUAGCUUUCGAUCUAAGUUGUCAAUGCCAGGAGGUUUGUCAUUAUAUAUAUAUUUUUUUUUUCUAACUUUACAAAAAUCUAAUUUGCAAUGCUUUUCUUUUAUUAUUUUAUUUUUUAUUUUUUGGUCAUUUAGCAGACGCUCUUAUCCAGAGCGACUUACAGGAGCAAUUAGGGUUAAGUGCCUUGCUCAAGGGCAAAUCGACAGAUUUUUCACCUAGUCGGCUCGGGGAUUAGAACCAGCGACCUUUCGGUUACUGGCACAACGCUCUUACCCACUAAGCUACCUAGAUAUAUUUUUUAUUUUUUUAUACAUGAGGAUGAUGGCUCACUGUUCAUUGUUGGCAUUUCCUGCAUAAGUUUGCCCACUUUGCCAAUGAAGUAAUCAUUAAAGUAAUGUUGUGUAAUUGUGAUGAAUAAGCCAUCUGAUUCGAUGAAAUGGAGUUCAAUUUGUUUUUUCUGCCCAUAAUUUCAUUUAAAGUUAAUAUUUGAUUGAUCUUGGCGUCAUAAUACGUUUUCUUUUUGUUGAGUUUAGUCACAUAAUUUCUCAAUUUUUAGUAAGUCAGCCAGUCAGAUGUGCAGCCAGACUUAUUAACCACUCCUUUUGCCCCAUCUCUUUCAACCAUACAGUUUUUAAAUUCCUCAUCAAUCCAUGGAGCCUUAACAGGUGCAUGUUUAUCAAUAAUUGGAAGAAGCAUUUUCAUGAAUUCAUCAAGUGCAGCGUCUGGAUGCUCCUUAUUAAUCACAUCAGACCAACAAAUAUUUUUAACAUCCACAUAAGAGUAUGUGUAUGAUCUCUUAUACACUAUUGUAGGUCCAGCUUUUGGAACUUUGGCUUUCCUGGAUAUAGCCACUAUGUUGUGAUCACUGCAUCCAAUGGGUACGGAUACAGCUUUAGAACAAAGUUUUACAGUAUUAGUAAAAAUGUGAUCAAUACAUAUGGAUGAUCUUGUUCCUGUAGUGUUUGUAAACACCCUUGUAGGUUGAUUAAUAACCCUAACCAGAUUACAGGCACUGGUUACAGUGCGAAGUCUAUGUACUCAUCCCACAAAGAUGGCACUUUUACCUGACAAGUUUGUAAUGAAAUAUCGCAUGCUAUUGUUAUGAUAGAACAUCUGUGUACAUACAUUCAAUGAGUGAAGGAAAAUUACAGCUUUACUGAUAUUCUUGUGCUACAGACAUUUAGAUGCUAUCAUGAAUUCAGUUGAACACUGCACGCCAUACUUUUUCUCUCUGCAGGCCGAUGGAGGAGGUGCAGAACAGCCCUGUCAUGGUGGAGGAGAUCGCUGUGAGCUUCUUCAACCUGCUGGAGAACAUCCUGAGACUAGACGGCCUCGCCAGCACCGCCAUGGUAUUCACUCACUUAUACAGUGGGGAAAAAAAGUAUUUAGUCAGCCACCAAUUGUGCAAGUUCUCCCACUUAAAAAGAUGAGAGAGGCCUGUAAUUUUCAUCAUAGGUACACGUCAACUAUGACAGACAAAUUGAGAAAAAAAUAUCCAGAGAAUCACAUUGUAGGAUUUUUUAUGAAUUUAUUUGCAAAUUAUGGUGGAAAAUAAGUAUUUGGUCACCUACAAACAAGCAAGAUUUCUGGCUCUCACAGACCUGUAACUUCUUCUUUAAGAGGCUCCUCUGUCCUCCACUCGUUACCUGUAUUAAUGGCACCUGUUUGAACUUGUUAUCAGUAUAAAAGACACCUGUCCACAACCUCAAACAGUCACACUCCAAACUCCACUAUGGCCAAGACCAAAGAGCUGUCAAAGGACACCAGAAACAAAAUUGUAGACCUGCACCAGGCUGGGAAGACUGAAUCUGCAAUAGGUAAGCAGCUUGGUUUGAAGAAAUCAACUGUGGGAGCAAUUAUUAGGAAAUGGAAGACAUACAAGACCACUGAUAAUCUCCCUCGAUCUGGGGCUCCACGCAAGAUCUCACCCCGUGGGGUCAAAAUGAUCACAAGAACGGUGAGCAAAAAUCCCAGAACCACAUGGGGGGACCUAGUGAAUGACCUGCAGAGAGCUGGGACCAAAGUAACAAAGCCUACCAUCAGUAACACACUACGCCGCCAGGGACUCAAAUCCUGCAGUGCCAGACGUGUCCCCCUGCUUAAGCCAGUACAUGUCCAGGCCCGUCUGAAGUUUGCUAGAGUGCAUUUGGAUGAUCCAGAAAAGGAUUGGGAGAAUGUCAUAUGGUCAGAUGAAACCAAAAUAGAACUUUUUGGUAAAAAACUCAACUCGUCAUGUUUGGAGGACAAAGAAUGCUGAGUUGCAUCCAAAGAACACCAUACCUACUGUGAAGCAUGGGGGUGGAAACAUCAUGCUUUGGGGCUGUUUUUCUGCAAAGGGACCAGGACGACUGAUCCGUGUAAAGGAAAGAAUGAAUGGGGCCAUGUAUCGUGAGAUUUUGAGUGAAAACCUCCUUCCAUCAGCAAGGGCAUUGAAGAUGAAACGUGGCUGGGUCUUUCAGCAUGACAAUGAUCCCAAACACACCGCCCGGGCAACGAAGGAGUGGCUUCGUAAGAAGCAUUUCAAGGUCCUGGAGUGGCCUAGCCAGUCUCCAGAUCUCAACCCCAUAGAAAAUCUUUGGAGGGAGUUGAAAGUCCGUGUUGCCCAGCGACAGCCCCAAAACAUCACUGCUCUAGAGGAGAUCUGCAUGGAGGAAUGGGCCAAAAUACCAGCAACAGUGUGUGAAAACCUUGUGAAGACUUACAGAAAACGUUUGACCUGUGUCGUUGCCAACAAAGGGUAUAUAACAAAGUAUUGAGAAACUUUUGUUAUUGACCAAAUACUUAUUUUCCACCAUAAUUUGUAAAAUAAAUUCAUUAAAAAUCCUACAAUGUGAUUUUCUGGAUUUUUUUCUUCUCAUUUUGUCUGUCAUAGUUGACGUGUACCUAUGAUGAAAAUUACAGGCCUCUCUCAUCUUUUUAAGUGGGAGAACUUGCACAAUUGGUGGCUGACUAAAUACUUUUUUCCCCCACUGUACCUACACAAGUACAUUGCUACUAGGUUUGGCGACAUGGUGGCGUAUGUGAUCAGUAAGAAGCUUUGCACGAGCGAGCCAGAAAGGCUCAUAGGAGCAGGAUCCUAUUUCCUGUUUCUGUAGCGUGAGGCAGCUUGACGUACAAGCACACCCCCUGGACAGGACGCUAGUCUAUCACAGUGCCUUUCUACCCCCAAUCUAUCUCCUUAUUGCCGAGUGCCAAGCAGAGUUGAAUCGGGUCCCAUUUUUGGGGUCUUUGGUAUAACUUAGGGCGGACACUAACCACAAGGCCACUGAGUUGGUAUGUGGUGAGCUGAGCUGUAACUUUGAAGUGGAACUGUUGUAACACUUUAAGAGUAUAUAAUGAUUCAUGUAUGUCCUGUUGUUAGUUGGAGGAGAAGGUCCAACAGUGGCAGACAUCUCCAGCUAGUUCCCUGAACCCCUGGUUCUCCUCGGCCUCCUGCUGGUCAGAGAUGGUGCUGCCGGCCCUGCACUUCCUGGCUGGGGAGACUAAAGGUGAUCAGGCAGACAUCUUCUUCUCUGCAUCGUUAAAGCAGUAGUAUGUCAUAUCAUCAUCCUCUCAUCUUUCUUAUCUCACUCACUCACUCUCUCUCUCUCUCCUUUGUUCACUAUCUUCCUCUCUCACUCAGUCGGUAUGUUGGUUCUUCCCAGUGGCUUCACUCCCUAUGUGGCGUUCAGGGAAAACUCACAGCGAUGGAAAUGGAUUGGUAAGAUCUCCUUUUUGUCAGUCAGUUGAUCUGUCCAAAUUCUGGCACAAUGCAAAUGAAAAUAUUUAUAGUUUGAGACUGAGGUUUGUCUCGAUCUCAUGUCUCGAAGGUCCCAGUCAGGAUGGAGAGAAGGAUUUGAGUGCUCUGUGUCAGCUGUGGGUCGACUCCAAGGACUUGGUUGUGGUCAAGGUAUUGCAAGUACACAUUUCCACCUCUCACUACUCUGUCAGUAUGGUCGUUCUCUGUUCCCUCUAAUACACUUGAAUAAAAUAACAAUGUCCUCUACAGACAGAAUGUGAAGAACUAACAGAGAUGACUUCUCCCACCCCUAGAGUGUAAGUUUCCACGUUAUUCAUUUCACAGAUGCUCUUACUCAGAAUGACUUAGGUAGUGUAUGUGUUUAUUGCCAUAGUGGGAUUUUGAUUUUAUUGUAAUACUGUUUGCUGUUCUCUCUUUAACUAAGCAGUUGGACUGACUUCGUGGUGCGGCCCAGCACGGGAGAUGAGAGGCAUGUUUUCCAAGUGCAGGUCAGUGUCACGUCUCUACCUUUUUAGUCUAGGAUCUCUUCUGUAUUGAGUAUUAUUUCCAACGAUCACACAGUGUUCUCUGUAAUCAUUAUGCAUCCAUGUUCUUGUUUUGAUCAUCAGGAGCAGCAGCGGUAUGACCAGCCGCACAAAGCCUUCACCUUCAGAAUGCAUGGCUUUGAGUCUGUGGUGGGGCCUGUUAAGGGGGUCUUUGACAAGGAGAUGUCUCUCAACAAAGCCAGAGAACACACUCUGCUGCGCUCAGACCGCCCAGCUUAUGUCACCAUCCUCUCCCUGGGUAAGACUUGACCCUUUCAAUGUAACCAGUCACAGUCAUGUAGACACCUGCCAUCAGUGUGUGGUGUUGUUGCAGUAGCCACACGUUAGAUAGGACUGUUCUGCUCCUCCUCUCCCUCAGUGCGGGACGCAGCAGCCCGGCUGCCCAACGGAGAGGGGACCAGAGCUGAGAUCUGUGAGCUGCUCAAGGACUCUCAGUUCCUGGCACCAGAUGUCACCAGUGCUCAGGUUAGAUACUCAGGGCAACUGGGUUAUUGUUGUCAGUCUGUCCUUGUUUGUCUGUGACUGAGCACUGUACCUCAUGUAAUGUUUCCUGCAGGUGAACACAGUUGUGAGUGGGGCUCUGGACAGGCUGCACUAUGAGAAGGACCCCUGUGUGAAGUAUGACAUCGGCCGCAAGCUGUGGAUCUAUCUGCACCGCGACCGCGGUCAGGAGGAGUUUGGUGAGCAUUACUUUCUACCAAUGGAAAGUGAAAAGAUAUUAAUGUGGUUGACAUAGCUUACCUCAUUAGCCCACAGGCACAUUGUUAAAACUAAAUAUUCACUCCCCAUCUAGAGAGGAUUCAUCAGGCUCAAGCUGCUGCUGCCAAGGCCAGAAAGGCUCUGCAGCAGAAACCUAAACCUGCGUCCAAGCCUGUGAGUCCCACUGCCUCUACUCUGCUGUAAUUUCUCUACCUCUGACAAAUAGACGUUUCAUACCCUCUCAGCUAAUGUACACUGAUAUACCCUCUCAGCUAAUGUCACUGAUAUACCCUCUCAGCUAAUGUCACUGACAUACCCUCUCAGCUAAUGUCACUGAUAUACCCUCUCUGCUAAUGUACACUGACAUACCCUCACAGCUAAUGUACACUGACAUACCCUCACAGCUAAUGCACACUGACAUACCCUCUCUGCUAAUGCACACUGACAUACCCUCUCUGCUAAUGCACACUGACAUACCCUCUCUGCUAAUGCACACUGACAUACCCUCUCUGCUAAUGCACACUGACAUACCCUCUCUGCUAAUGCACACUGACAUACCCUCUCUGCUAAUGUACACUGACAUACCCUCUCUGCUAAUGUACACUGACAUACCCUCUCUGCUAAUGUACACUGACAUACCCUCUCUGCUAAUGUCACUGAUAUACCCUCUCAGCUAAUGUACACUGACAUACCCUCUCUGCUAAUGCACACUGACAUACCCUCUCAGCUUGAAUGUAGACUGACAUACCCUCUCAGCUUAUAUGUAGACUGGAGAAUUUGCAUCUUUGAAUGUGGAAAGUCUUGCUAAACCACUUGUCACUUCUGUCUAGAAUCCUGAUGAUGGGCUGAUCAAACUGUUACUAUGGAAUUAGGUCUGUUGUUGUCUAACAUACAGUUGCGGACAAAUAUAUUGGCACCCUUGCACUUUUCUUAAAUAAUUCCCCUAUUUCUUCUCAAAUAUACUGAACAAAAAUAUAAACGCAACAUGUAAAGUGUUGGUCCCAUGUUUCAUGAGCUGAAAUAAAAUAUCCCAGAAAUGAUCCAUACGCACAAAAAGCUUACUUCACAAAAAUGUUGGGCCACAAAUUUGUUUACAUCCCUGUUAGUAAGAAUUUCUUCAUCCACCUGACAGGUGUGGCAUAUCAAGAUAAUUACACAGGUCCACCUUGUGCUGGGGACAAUAAAAGGGCACUCUAAAAUGUGCAGUUUUGUCACACAACACAAUGCCACAGAUGUCUCAAGUUUUGAGGGAGCAUGCAAUUGGCAUGCUGACUGCAGGAAUGUCCACCAGAGUUGUUGCCAGAGAAUGUAAUGUUCAUUUCUCUGCCAUAAGCCGCCUCCAACGUCGUUUUAGAGAAUUUGGCAGUAGGUCCAACCGGCCUCACAAUCGCAGACCACGUGUAACCACGCCAGCCCAGGACCUCCACAUCCGUUUUCUUCACCUGCGGGAUCGUCUGAGACCAGCCACCCGGACAGCUGAUGAAACAGAGGAGUAUUUCUGUCUGUAAUAAAGCCCUUUUGUGGGGAAAAACGAAUUCUGAGUGGCUGGGCCUGGCUCCCCAGUCGGUGGGCCAGUCUCCCAAGUGGGUGGGCCUAUGCCCUCCCAGGCCCACCCAUGGCUCCGUCCCUGCCCAGUCAUAUAAAAUCCAUAUAUUAGGGCCUAAUUAAUUUAUUCAAUUGACAUAUUUCCUUAUAUGAACUCCAACUCAGUAAAAUUGUUGAAAUUGUUGCAUGUUGAAUUUAUACUUUUGUUCAGUGUAAUUAGACAUUUUAAACACUUUUGGUCUCCACACCUUGUUAUUUGAAUUGCAUCAUUGUAGAACCAAUUUUAGUCUUGUAAACUUAAGUUUACAAUUUUAAUUUAGAAAAUAAAGACAAAUGGCAUGGACAAAGAAUUUGGCACCCGGAGCUAGUACUUGGUUGCACAGCCUUUGGCCAAGGUAACUGCAGACAAACACUUCUUGUACCAUCAAUGAGCUUGCUGCACCUUUCUUCUGGCAAUUUGGCCCACUCUUCAGCAGCAAACUGCUCUAAUUCUUCAAUGUUUGAGGGUUGCCCUCCACCAACUGCUGUUUUCAGCUCUCGCCGUAGGUUUUGGAUGUGAUUUAGAUCUGGACUCUUGACUAGCCACUCCAGAACAGUCCAGUGUUUCUUCUUGAACCAUUCCUGGGUGCUUUUUGAUGUGUAUUUGGGGUCGUUGUCCUGCUGGAAGACCCACAACCUUCAAUGGAGAACAGGUUUUUGGACACUGGGUUGAAUUUUGGACUCCAAAACACCAGAUAAUCUGCUGAUUUCAAGAUGAUUUCAACCUCCCCCAUGUUUGAUUGUAGGGAGGGUGUUCUUUUCAAUGAACGCUUCAUUUGGUCGUCAGUAAACCCAGCACUGAUCUGAAACAUUCAAAGAAAAGAACACCCUCCCUACAGUCAAACAUAGGGAAGGUUUGAUAAUGCUGUGGGGUUGCAUUGCUGCCUCUGGUACUGGGGGCCUUGAACGUGUGCAAGACAUCAUGAAAACAGCAGAUUAUCAAGGUGUUUUGGAGUGCAAUGUUCAACCCAGUGUCCAAAAACUGGGUCUCGGUUGAGGGUCUUCCAGCAGGACAAUAACACCUAACACACAUCAAAAGCACCCUGGAAUGGUUAGACAAGCAGUGUUGGGGAGUAGUGAACUACAUGUAGUUCAACUAGUAAUUCAACUACAUUUUGCAAUAGCUUGGUGGUAGUUGAACUCAGUUCAAAUCUUGGUAGUUUCAGUAGUUAAUAACUUUUUUUUCCAUGUACCAGUGUAGCUACACUAUAUAUACAAAAGUAUGUGGACACCCCUUCAAAUUAGUGGAUUCUCUGGCAAUGCAUAGUGCCAACAGUAAAGUUUGGUGGAGGAGGAAUAAUGGUCUGGGGCUGUUUUUCAUGGUUCGGCUAGGCCCCUUAGUUCCAGUGAAGGGAAAUCUUAGCGCUACAGCAGACAAUGACGUUCUAGAUGAUUCUGUGCUUCCAACUUUGCGGCAACAGUUUGGGGAAGGCCGUUUCCUGUUUCAACACGACAAUGCCCCCGUGCACAAAUGAGGUCCAUACAGAAAUGGUGUGUCGAGAUCUGUGUGGAAUAACUUGACUGUCCUACACAGAGCCCUGACCUCAACCCCAUUGAACACCUUUGGGAUGAAUUGGAACACCGACUGCGAGCCAGGCUUAAUCACCCAACAUCGGUGCCCAACCUCACUAAUGCUCUUGUGGCUGAAUGGAAGCAUGUCCCCGCAGCAAUGUUCCAACAUCUAGUGGAAAGCCUACCCAGAAGAGUGGAAGCUGUUAUAGCAGCAAAGAGGGGAGCCAACUCCAUAUUAAUGCCCAUGAUUUUGGAAUGAGAUGUUCGACGAGCAGGUGUCCACAUACUUUUGGUCAUGUAGUGUAUCUGUGACCAACAGAUGCAUAUCUUUAUUUUUAUGCGCUACGCGCUUCAGCACUCUGCAGUCCCGCUUGUGUGGCCUACCACUUCGCGGCUGAGCGUUGUUGCUCCUAGCGGUUUCCACUUCACAAUAACAGCAAUUACAGUUGACCAGGGGCAAUUCUAGCAGGGCAGAAAUUUGACGAACUGACUUGUUGGAAAGGUGGCAUCGUUGAAAGUCAAUGAGCUGUUCAGUACGGGCCAUUCUACUCCCAAUGUUUGUCUAUGGAGAUUGCAUGGCUGUGUGCUCUAUUUUAUACACCUGUCAGCAUGGAUGUGACUGAAAUAGCCAAAUCCACUAAUUUGAAGGGGUGUCCACAUACUUUUUCCGCAUUUUGUUACAUUACAGCCUUAUUACGUUUUUUUCUUCUUCUCCUCAAUCUACACACAAUACCCCAUAACAACAAAGCAAAAACAGGUUUUUAGAAUUUUUUGCAAAUGUAUUAAAAAUGUAAAACUGAUAUAACAUUUACAUAAGUAUUCAGACCCUUUACUCAUUACUUUGUUGAAGCACCUUUGGCAGCAAUUACAGCCUCAAGUCUUUUUGGGUGUGACACUACAAGCUUGGCACACCUGUAUUUGGGGAGUUUCUCCCAUUCUUCUCUGCAGAUCCUCUCAAGCUCUGUCAGGUUGGAUGGGGAGCAUCACUGCACAGCUAUUUUCAGGUCUCUCCAGAGAAGGUUGAUUGGGUUCAAGUCCAGCCUCUAGCUGAGCCACUCAAGGACAUUCAGAGACUUGUCAUGAAGCCACUCCUGCGUUGUCUUGGCUGUGUGAGGGUCGUUGUCCUGUUGGAAGGUGAACCUUCGCCCCAGUCUGAGGUCCUGAGAGCUCUGGAUCAGGUUUUCAUCAAGGAUCUCUCUGUACUUUGCUCCGUUUCCCUCGAUCCUGACUAGUCUCCCAGUCCCUGCCACUGAAAACCUCCCCACAGCAUGAUGCUGCCACCACCAUGCUUCACCGUAGGGAUGAUGUCAGGUUUCCUCCAGACGUGACGCUUGGCACUCAGGCCAAAGAGUUCUAUCUUGGUUUCAUCAGACCAGAGAAUCUUGUUUCUCAUGGUCUGAGAGUCUUUAGGUGCCUUUUGGCAAACUCCAAGCGGGCUGUCAUGUGCCUUUUACUAAGGAGUGGCUUCCGCCUGGCAACUCUACCAUGAAGGCCUGAUUGGUGGAGUGCUUCAGAGAUGGUUGUCCUGCUGGAAAGUUCUCCCAUCUCCACAGAGGAACUCUGGAGCUCUGUCAGAGUGACCAUCAGGUUCUUGGUCACAUCCCUGACCAAGGCCCUUCUUAGUGGUUCCAGAAGAGUCUUAGUGGUUCCAAACUUCUUCUGUUUAAGAAUGAUGGAGGCCAUCUUGGGGACCUUCGAUGCUGCAGAAAUGUUUUGCUACCCUUCCCCAGAUCUGUGCUUUGACACAAUCCUGUCUCGGAGCUAUAUGGACAAUUAUUUUGACCUCAUGGCUUGGUUUUUGCUCUGACAUGCACUGUCAACUGUGGGACCUUAUAUAGACAGGUGUGUGCCUUUCAAAAUCAUGUCCAAUCAAUUGAAUUUAACACAGGUGGACUCCAAUCAAGUUGUAGAAACAUCUCAAGGAUGAUCAAUGGAAACAGGAUGUACCUGAGCACCAUAUCAAAGGGUCUGAAUACUUAUGUAAAUAAGGUAUUUCUGUUUUUUAUAUUUAAUACAUUUGCAAAAAAUUCUAAACCUUUUUUCACUUUGUCAUUAUGAGGAAUUGUGUAAACUGAGAAAAAAUAUUAUUUUAACAAUUUAAUCAAUUUUAGAAUAAGGCUGUAACGUAACAAAAUGGGGAAAAAGUAAAGGGGUCUGAAUACUUUCCGAAUGCACUGUAUGUAUAUGAUGGCGUGCCUUCAGAAAGUAUUCAUACCACUUGAUUUAUUCCACAUUUUGUUAACAAUUACAAACAUACCCAUAACAUGAUGCAGCCACCAUUAUGCUUGAAAAUAUGGAAAGUGGUACUCAGUAAUGUGUUGUAUUGGCAUUUUAUUUGACCCAUCUACCAAUAGGUGCCCAUCUGCGAGGCAUUGGAAAACCUCCCUGUUUUUAGUUUUCGGCUAGUAACAGUCGCUAAGUUCAGGGCAGGGUACUGGGAGGAGGCUGGGUAUUGAUGGCUAUUUAACAGUCUGAUGUCCUGGAGAUAGAAGCUGUUUUUAUAUUGGCAACGGUGCCAAUAUAUCUGGCUCUAACUGUAUGUCAUGGUUGUGGUAUGUGUUGAUGGUGACUAUGCACCCUGUGUGUUAUAGAAGUCUGGAAGUAAGGAGGGGGGUGGUAAGACCCCUGGAGGCCUGGAAGCAGGUGAUGUGGGGGGUCCCAUGUCCCCAACUCCCACCACCCCCACUACCAGCACCCCUGGUACCCCCAAAUCACCCCUCGCCACUGUAGCCACAACCCCCACCAAAGCUGGGAUCCAAGAUUCAGUCAAGAACAGUCCUGGGUCAGUAUAACCCAGCUUCCAUGGAUUAACUCUUAUCAGGCUCAAUUAUAUAACUUAUUGAUGUUAUGUAAGUACUAAUGCCCUGCUCUCUUCACCCUUAGUGUUCUACUGGUGUCUCCUCCACCCAUGCCCCAGCUGGGGACCCUGUUGUCCAGCAGCCAGUCUGGCCCCCAGGUCUCUCAGCCAGCUACAUCCCAGCACACAGCCAGGAUAGUGGGCCACCAGUCAGGCUCUCUCUCACAGGUACGAGUGGUCUCUAACCAGACAGCAGGAGGACAGCAGGCCACGCUGGUGCACCAGACCCCUCAUCAGAUCAGAGUGCCAGUCACCAUGGGAACCAAGGGCAUCACACAGGUUAAUCACUGACCAUUCUGUUACCAACAAAACAAUCCAAUGCUGACUAUCAAGAGAACUGAGAGUCUCUUCAGUGUUAAAUCGAGUAGAGCUAAAAACAUUUACCUGGAAUUUGCACCAUAUUUAACUGUAUUAAUCAGACAUGGUCUUGAACCACAGAUAAGAGGCAUUUUUUGCUGUAAGGCACUGGUGCAUGUAAUUAAAGGGUUGUGUUUCUCCUCUCUCCACCCUGUAACUGUGAGCAGGCCGUGGUGUCAUUACCACUGAGGACCCAGUCUGCUGGUAGCCCCAUCCAGGUGCAGGCGUCCAGAGGGCAGACAACCCUGUCAGUGUCAGGCCUGACCACUGCUGUUACUGUAGCCAAACCUCAGACUGGCUCCCCUGGCGGCCCAGUACACAACCCUACCUCCCCCACUGUCCGACAGGGAGUCACCAGCCAGAACAUCAUCAAACAGGUGAACAGGAAGUUAUUACAUUUAAUUAGGAGGCAUUUAAGGAUUUACAUGUAAAUAAUGUUUCAGAUCAUUGUAGUUUCGCUGUAAUGUGUUCAUGAAAGAGCUUUCAUUUUUUCAUUUGUGAGAGUAUUUCCUGUAUGUUUUAUUCUCAUGUAAUUUAUCUCUCUAAAGGUGGCUAUCACAGGCCAAUUGGGCAUAAAGUCUCAAGGUAGAGCGGGUCUUCCAAUAACGGCUACCAAUCUUCGCAUCCAGGGCAAGGAUGUGCUACGCCUGCCCCCCUCCUCCAUCACCACAGACUCUAAAGGACAGACGGUGCUGCGAAUCACUCCUGACAUGAUGGCCACCCUAACCAAGUCCCCCCUCACCACUGUCAAACUCACCCCCGACAUGUUAGGCACUGCCACUACCAAGAGCAUAUCUGCUACUCUCCAUAUGACCCCACCCCACUCCACCUCUAGCCCAGCCUCCUCCUCGGGUGAAAUCCGGACCAGCAAGGCCUCCGCUGGCACCACCACCACCAUGUUGAAGACUGCAGGGGACACUAUCCGCCUGAUGCCCACCCUAGCAGUCACUAUGGCUGAGCAGAAGACCAGAACCUUCUCCACCGUCUCCUCGUCUGACUCGAAGAGUGGCACCACCAUACGGAUCAUGCCCGGCCUCGGGGUCAUCCCACAGAAACAGGGCCAAACCAUCACCAUGACAACCACCACUGGCAGCAAACCAGUCUCCACUGGAGCUGCCACUGUCACCAUAGCCACCAGCGGACUGGCCGGAGCUAAAGGGGUGACGGUAGGCUCUUCUGCCUCAGGUUCUCUGACUCUGGGAACAGCCACAGCUACUGUCCGCCAGGUCCCCGUCACAGCCACAGUGGUGUCCACACAACCAGUAAGACCCCAACAUGAUUAUUAACUCCCCUCUUAUAUUUACUGUGGGAUUCAGGAUGGUUGUGUAAUAACAGCACUGUAGCACUUCUGUAUCCAGACACCUUGUCUGCCUCUGUUGGAAGGGCUAACAUAGGAUCUCUUUUAUUUUCAAGACAUUCUAUAUAGCCACAUUCUCUAUAGCCCCCACCACCCCACCUUUGAAAUUAUCAUCCAAUGAUUGUCUCCCUCUCUCUCUUUUAUUUCCCCAGGGGAAGUUACCAGCUCGGUUCACAGUGCCUCUGUCUGUCCUCAGCCAACCACUGAAAAGCAAGAGUGUGAUGACCACGCCCAUACUGAAAGGAAACCUCAGUACCAAGUGAGUCCUCAUGUUCAGUUCAGCCUUAAAGGAAAACGCCACCCAAAAACGAUCUUUUGGUGUUUGUUUCAUUAGUCCAUUGUUGACAGAGUCCCAAAAUGUUUUGCUUGUCAGCAAUCAAGUUUUCAAGAUAUGUAACUUAAAAAAAUACAGAAAUCAUCCCUGAAUGAUGCAUUUAGCAUCAUGUGAUGCAAAGCGCAGCAUCAUAUGAUGCAAAAUGAAUAGAAUAUGUUUCUAAACACGUCUACAUUAAUGUGGAUGCUAACAUGAUUCCAGAUAGUCCUGAAUGAAUCGUGAAUAAUGAUGAGUGCGAAAGUUACAGACGCACAAAUAUUAUACCCCCAAGACAUGCUAACCUCUCACCAUUACAAUAACAGGGGAGGUUAGCAUUUUUAGAGGGGUAUGAUAUUUAUGCCUCAAACUUUCUCACUCAUCAUUAUUCACGAUUCAUUCAGGAUGCGUGAAUUUGUCCCAAUACUUUUGGUCCCCUAAAAUGGGGGGACUAUGUACAAAAAGAGCUGUAAUUUCUAAAUGGUUAACCCGAUAUGGAUGAAAAUACCCUCCAAUUAUAGCCUACAGUUUGCACUUUAACCUCAGUCAUUUUAUCAUUUCCAAAGUGCUGGAGUACAGAGCCAAAAUAACAAAAAUGUGUCACCAUCCCCAAUACCUUUUGUAGCUCACUGUAUACAGUGCCUUCUGAAAGUAUUCAGACCCCUUGACAUUUUCCACAUUUUGUUACGUUACAGCCUUAUUCUAAAAUGGAUUUUAAAAAAUCAUCAGCAAUCUACACACACUACCCCAUAAUGACAAAGCAAAAAUAGAAAACAUUUGUGCUAAUUUAUUAAAAAUGUAAAACAGAAAUACCUUAUUUACAUAAGUAUCUGCAGCAUUGAAGGUCCCCAAGAACACAGUGGCCUCCAUCAUUCUUAAAUGGAAGAAGUUUGGAACCACAAAGACUCUUCCUAGAGCUGGCCGCCUGGCCAAACUGAGCAAUCGGGGGAGAAGGGCCUUGGUCAGGGAGGUGACCAAGAAACCGAUGGUCACUCUGACAGAGCUCCAGAGUUCGUCUGUGGAGAUGGAAGAACCUUCCAGAAGGACAACCAUCUCUGCAGCACUCCACCAAUCAGGCCUUUAUGGUAGUGGCCAGACGGAAGCCACUCCUCAGUAAAAGGUACAUGACAGCACGCUUGGAGUUUCCCAAAAGUCACCUAAAGACUCUGACCAUGAGAAACAAGAUUCUCUGGUCUGAUGAAACCAAGAUUGAACUCUUUGGCAGAAUGCCAAGCGUCACAUCUGGAGGAAACCUGGCACCAUCCUUACAGUGAAGCAUGCUGGUGGCAGAAUCAUGCUGUGGGUAUGUUUUUCAGCGGCAGGGACUGUGAGACUAGUCAUGAUCGAGGCAAAGAUGAACGGAGCAAAGUACAGAGAGAUCCUUGAUGAAAACCUGCUCCAGAGCUCUCAGGAUCUCAGACUGGGGCGAAGGUUCACCUUCCAACAGGACAACAACCCUAAGCACACAGCCAUGACAACGCAGGUGUGGCUUUGGGACAAGUUUCUGAAUGUCCUUGAGUGGCCCAGCCAGAGCCUGGACUUAAACCUGAUCGAACAUCUCUGGAGAGACCUGAAAAUAGCUGUGCAGCAACGUUCCCCAUCCAACCUGACAGAGCUUGAGAGGAUCUGCAGAGAAGAAUGGGAGAAACUCCCCAAAUACAGUUGUGCCAAGCGUGUAGCGUCAUACCCAAGAAGACUCGAGGCUGUAAUUGCUACCAAAGGUGCUUCGACAAAGUACUGAGGAAAGGGUCUGAAUACUUAUGUAAAUGUAAUAUUUUGUUUUUUAUUUUUGAUAAAUUAGCAAACAUUUCUAGAAACCUAUUUUUGCAUUGUCAUUAUGGGGUAUUGUGUGUAGUUUGAUGAGGGGGAAAAAAUCAGUGUAAUCCAUUUUAGAAUAUAUGGAAAACAAAAUGUGGAAAAAGUCAAGGAGUCUGAAUACUUUCCGAAGGCACUGUAUGUGUCAGUUGUCCCCAUGGCAGUAAGCAGCCUGAUGUAGACUGACUGGUGUGUCUCUCUCUGGUCGGUGCAGCAUCAGCAGUCUGGGAAGGAACAUCAUCCUCACCACCAUGCCUGCAGGCACCAAGCUGAUAGCUGGGAACAAGCCAGUCAGCUUUGUCACGGCUCAACAGUUACAGCAGCUGCAGCAGCAGGGACAGGCCACACAGGUCAGUCAGUCGCUCACCUCUUACCCAUUACUCAGCCAGCUCCCAAACAAACUGCAUUCUGUUGUAGGAAAAAAGUUGUUCCUGACCAUGUGACUGGGGAAACUCCUGACCCUAGGCAUCAGGUAUAGUAGUUGGUAGGAGUGGUUGAUGUGCCUGUCUCCUCCAGGUGCGUAUCCAGACGGUGACAGCCCAGCAGCGCUCUGCAGCAUGCUCCCCCAAGUCAGUGUCCACUGUGGUAGUCACCACCUCACCCUCACCCAAACGGACCCCGGACCCACCACCACCAGCACAGUGACACGCUACUGCUCUGUGCAGUGCCACCGCUCCAGAGGCAAGUGGUGCUUGGGAGCCAUAGCCCAACUCUGCUCUCUCAAUGUUUAGGAGGGCACGGAUGUCUGGAGAGUUUGCAGCAGAUGAACACAGGAGUAAUCCCAGGACAGCAUAUCACUAGACCAUUUAUAGACAGUGGUUUCACCUGACAUAUGUGUUGUGCAAGGCUAAGAUUCAGCAACACUAAUGAAAUAGACUGCAUUUAGGGAGUAAAUGUUAUUUAUAAUAAGAGUUACAUGGAGACAAUUUGACCUCUUUGAAAAGAAAAUGGAUGGUUCUCCCUUCAGCAAAAUAUAUUUGACCUAAACCCUCCCUGAACACAAAAUAAUAAUAAAACGAAUUGGAUAGCAGAGAAAGUCUACAGUUUACCCUCACUUCUUGGACAGACCAGAGCCUUUGAUAUACAGUUUUAGAAAAGUAGGCAUAUGGCAUAACAUCUCAUACCCCCUCAAUUCGAGUUUUGGUUUUAACUUAGCCUACCUUCGUGUCAGUGAUGGGCUGUUAUUUAAAGAGUGCAUGGUGGGUUGAGGAAUUUACCGACAAAUCUAUGGAUAU